CAGAUGUUGAUUUGGGUAUAAAAGUUGCAACACCAGUUGGUACAUUUAUUGGUCAAUUCGCUUUUGGAAUAUUAGCAGAUAUCCUUGGUCGUAAAAAGAUGUACGGUGUUGAAUUAAUGAUAAUCGUAGUUGCUACAUUUGCCUGUUGUCUUACUGCAAAUUCCUACGUUUAUUCCCCAACUGCUUCUGCCACUACUCCAAAUACUUUUGUAUCAAAUUCUUCUGUUCUCUCUAUACAAGGCCUUAUCAUCUUCUGGCGUGUUAUUUUGGGUAUCGGAAUUGGUGGUGAUUACCCCCUUUCUGCAGUUAUUACUAGUGAAUUCGCUACAACCAAAAGAAGAGGAGCUAUGAUGUCAGCCGUAUUUGCCAUGCAAGGAAUUGGAAUUUUAGUAGCAGCCAUAGUUUCAACUAUAACAAUUGCAGCUUUCCAUUCUACCAUUACUCCAACCGAUUAUUCACACAUUGAUUAUUGUUGGAGAAUUGUAACCGGAAUAGGUGCUGUUCCUGGUAUUGUUGCCCUUUACUUUCGACUUACAAUUCCGGAAACACCUCGUUUUACUAUGGAUAUCGAACGUAAUGUCAAUCAGGCGGUUCAAGAUAUCGGCACUGUAUUAGAAACUGGUAAAUACAAGGCUCGUGAACAGGAAGUCGUCGUUAAAAUUGAUGCACCAACAGCUAGUAUUUCAGAUUUCUUUAAUCAUUUUGGUAAAUUGGAAAACGGAAAAGUAUUAUUCGGAACAGCUUUUUGUUGGUUUGUACUUGAUGUGGCUUUUUACGGUAUCGGUUUAAACAACAAUAUUAUUUUGAAAAGAAUUGGAUUCCUUGGGGAUGGUACCGAUCCAUAUGAAACAUUAUUUAACGCAUCUGUUGGUAAUAUUAUUAUUGCUUUAUUGGGAACUGUACCUGGUUAUUGGGUAACUGUAUUCACUGUUGAUCAAUGGGGUCGACGCCCAAUCCAACUUAUGGGAUUUGCUAUGCUUACGGC